AUGUCUACCCCUCAAUUCUGGUCCACUCCCCUCCGCUACUUGCGCUGGGCUUCCCACGAGAAGCCGGCAAUCUUUUGGUCCCUCGUCAUCGGCUCCAUGGGCCCCGUCGCCCUGGUCGGCCUUCCCCCGAUCCGCCGCGCUCUCGGUGACGUCGACCCGGAGCCUAUCCCCAUGUCCUAUCCCAUUCCGAGCGGUCCGCGGAAGAUCCCUCGGGGCUACGAGGACCAAUAA